CCCCCUUCUGACUGUACUACUACAUAAAGCAGUGCGUGAUGCGCUCGGCGGUGAGCAGCAUGAGUCUCCACGGGAAAGUCGCUCUGGUCACCGGCGGCGCGCAAGGCAUCGGAAGAGCCGUGGUGGAACAUCUCCUGGAGAAUGGGACGAAGGUUGCACUGGUAGACUUGAACCAGUCUGUUGGAGAGGAAUGUAAAAGUGAUCUAGAUGGCCAGUUUGGAGAGGAUAACUGUAUUUUUAUCCAGUGUGACGUGACUAACGCGGGGAAACUUAAAGAUGCCUUUCAAAACACGGUAAAGAAAUUUGGUCGGUUGGAUAUUGUCAUCAAUAAUGCUGGAAUCAACAAUGAGAAGAACUGGGAAAAGACCAUUGAAGUAAACUUGACAUCUGUCAUACAGGGGACAUAUUUAGCACUAGAACACAUGAGUAAAGAGUAUGGAAAAGAAGGAGGUGUUAUCAUCAACGUUUCUUCUAUGGCAGCAUUUCUCCAUUCUCCUCACCAGCCAGUUUACACAGCGACAAAGCAUGGGGUGAUUGGAUUUUCAAGAGCAAUUGCAGACGCAUCUGAACUGGGCAAUUAUGGAGUGAGGAUCAACACACUGUGCCCAGCCUUCGUGGACACCCAACUCCUUCGCACUGUGGAGCAUGAGGAAACAAUGGGCAAGUUUGUCAAGUACAAAGAUGAAUUCAAGCAAAGGAUGGACAAGUAUGGCAUUCUUAAACCAUCUCUGAUUGCAGAAGGAAUGCUGCGAAUCAUAACAGAUGAAAGCCUAAACGGAGCCGUGAUGAAGAUCACCUGUUCUAAAGGCAUUCACUUCCACACCUAUGAGCCUCUUUCAGCUUGAUAGUGGUGCUUUCAUUAAACAUGUUAGUCUUUUCUCUCUCCUCUCCAAUCAUCAACAAAAGAUUUAUUUGAUUGAAGUCCAGUGCAGACACAUAAAACAUUUAGUUAAAUGGCAAAACCUAUAGUGCAUUUAAGAAAUAAAUAGGGAUGAUAUAGAUUUUGUAAGUGUUUCCUGUUUAUUAUUUGAGUUUUGAAAAGCAAAAGGGACUGCAUACUGGUAUUCCAGCCUCUUUCUAAACUGGUUUUAUUUUUAAAAAUGUUUGUAAUGGCCUUGGACAUCAAUUUGUAUCGGACUGCUUUAACUGUGAGUAAUUGAAUUUCAAGAAAAAAUAUUGUACUUAUUAAUAAUUUAGUUACUGUUUUAUGUCUUAAAUUGAUCUUACCUCAAUAUUACAAACCAAUGAUUCGUACAAUUUUUGCAUACAUUUGUAUAAUAUUUUGGAUAUAAGGAUAUCUUUGUGACAAAGAGAGUAUCUUUUAUUAUUUAUGCCUAUGUAUAAAUCAAACAAUAAACUUCUGAAAAUA